UAACACCUCCCUUCCGGUCCGCCGGAUUAUGAAUGAGGGCCGGCGCGGCUGUUUGCCGGAUGUACUGCCUGUUGAUUUUUCUUCCUCGGUGUCUUUGAAAGCGUGUGCUCCGCGGGCCCCAGCUCCCAGAAGGAACCUUGGAAUUGCGGCUCCAGCUGAGCGAGAAGGCGCCGGCGGCCGGGGUCUCCGACGCGCGCACGCACCACCCUCCCUGCCUGGCCGCGCCUCUGCGACCAGGUGACCAGAUGAAAGAAGAAAAUGAAAGGCAUGAAGAAAAGUCUUACAGAAGAAUAUCUAUACCUGGACUUUUCUCACCAAACAGAAGGAUGUAUUUUUCCUCUUCAUACAUCUGUAACUUUAUUUUUAUUGUCAUACUGUGACUGUAAAAUCUUUAAAGUUUGCUUAGUUCUCACCAAAGAAAGUAGAAACAGUUCAUUACUAAGAGAUGUACUGUCCCAGGAUAUUAAAAUACAAAUUAUUUCAAGGCAAGAACUUCCACCAAUAGUCCAGAAUUGCUGUUUACCUGCCGUAGUAGAACAACCAGACAAUUUUUGUAGAGCAGGACUUGCUGUGGUACUAAGACACAUAAUCCAGAAGUCAUCUGAAGGAGACCCCUCAAAGAAGGGAAUUUUAGAACUUCUGGGUUUUAAAAAGACUUGCUUGAAAGCCUGUGCCGAAGUUAGUCAGUGGACCAGGCUAUGUGAACUCACCAUUCCUUUGGUCAUUGAGAAUUUUCUCAGAGAGUCUUCUAAGCAGGCCCCAGCUAUCCCUGUGGAAAUACUGCAGCUGGAGAAAAAGCUCAGUGAGCCAGUGAGAGUCCAUAACGAUGACAAACUCCGCAGGCAGAAGCUGAAGCAGCAGAAGGCUGCCGGAGCGGGACUACCCCUUACUAAGGGAAAAGCCAAGAGCAAGGUCCCCACGAAGGAAACAUCUGAGGAUGUGGACUCUUCACCCAAGAGUCUGGAACUGAAGGUGGCAUUCUCGAAGCUCACAGUACAGGAGAAAGCAGCAACUACCCACAGGGAGCCUUCUCACAUCCGAAAAGCAAAAGCCUCUGACCUUCCACCUCUGGAGCACGUGUUUGCAGAAGGGCUUUACUUCACCUUGACAGACCUUGUGCUCUUGCCCUGUAUCCAUUACUUUCUGGUAAUUAUCUGUGAGAAAUUUUCUGAGAAGCUAGUAGAAUUUCCACUGCUAGCUUCUUGGUACCAGAGGAUUCAGGAAGUGCCAGGAGUAAAAGCAGCAGCUUCCAAGUGUGGGAUCCAAUUUCUUCAUUUACCAGAGUUGUUGAGUCCCUCAAAUGAACAGCAUCCAAACUUAAAUGACAUGCCUGGUGGAGAAGAGCAAAAUGAUCCUUUAUUCAUAGGAGGACCGAGACCAACUAUGACCAAGUUAAUGGAAAAAGGCAUCGAAGUGAUGUUUUCUCCCCACCCUUGCCCUACUUGGACCCUGGAUUGGAAUGGUCUCCCUGCAGCAGUGAGCCCAAAGGAAGGUAAAAUGUCCAUCGAUCGAGCUCUGAGGAAACAGCAGCAGUUAAACAACCUCGUUUAUGUAGUGACAAAUCAGGCCAAACCUGGUGACAGAAUUGUGGAUUUCUGCAGCGGUGGGGGCCAUGUUGGGAUCGUGCUCGCUCACAUGCUGCCGUCCUGCCAGGUCACAUUAAUAGAAAACAAGGAAUUAUCAUUAAUUCGUGCUAAGAAGAGAAGUGACGAACUAGGCUUAAACAACAUUUGCUUCAUUCAAGCAAAUAUGGAAUAUUUUACAGGGAUGUUUAAUAUUGGGGUGGCUCUGCACGCCUGCGGGGUGGCCACGGACAUGGUGAUCGAGCACUGCGUCAGGAUGCGGGCCUCCUUCGUCACGUGCCCUUGCUGUUACGGCUUCAUCCAGAACACCUCCAAAUUCAGUUUUCCAAAAAGCGAACAGUUCAAGAAAACUUUAUCAUACAAGGAACACAUGAUCCUGUGCAGAUUCGCGGAUCAGACAGCUGUGCAGCUUCCGCCCCAACAGAGGCUCAUAGGUUAUUUCAUUGAAGAUUUUUUUCAUUGAGUUUGAUAUUUCCAGCCCCUGUAUUACACAUGUCAUGAGAAGAAAGGACUCUAAUUGGUCAUCACUAUGGAUUAAAAUACAGAAGGACUAAUUUACAGGCCACUGUGGCUGGAGGCAGAGAGGUUUUAGAGUCUGCUUUCUGGAAUUUAAGAAAAGAAUUAACCAUCAGUCCUGAGUACUUCAGUCAUUCAUGCCCAUAGAUAAUAACAUGUUCUUAUAUCCUGUACUUUCUGUUUUUCAAUUGAGGUUUAAUUCACAUGCUAUAAAAUAACAGAUUUUUAAAUGUUCAUUUGAGAAGUUUUGACAACUGUAAACACCCAUGUGUUUACAUCACUAAAAUAAGAUAUUUCCAUCAGAUAUUGUUAGAUAUAUAUAUUGAGAAUAUUUUUCCCAGUCUGUGACUUACCUGCUCAUUUUCAUAAUAAAUGUUUUAAUUUUGAUGAAGCUUAAUUUAUCCUUUUUAUUUUAUGGUUAAUAUUUUCUGUAUCCUCUCUAAUAAAUCUUUACCCACCCUUAGGUUAUGAAAAUUUCUCCUCUUUUCUUGUAGAAACUUGAUGGUCCCAGCUUACUGCAUUUAGGUCUAUGGUCUAUCCCAACUCAUUAUUCACAUACAGAGGCAGGUGGAUUUUGAAGGACACAGUUGUUCCAGCACCAUGGUUUGAACAUCUUUUCCUCCCACCAGUGAGCUGACUGGCCACCUCUGUGGAAGAUCAAUUGAUAACAUGUCAGCGUCUGUUUCCGAGUUCUCUAGUCCCUUCCAUUUGCCGUUUGUCUCAACGGCCACAGCUUUGUAGGAAGUCUGGAAAUCAGGUAGUUUGUCUUCCAAUUUCAUUUUUCAUUCUCUAGAUUGUUUUGGCUAUUCUGAAUCUGUUCUAUUCCCAUUUAAAUCUCAAUAUCUCUUAAAAAUUUUACCAAAUAACCCUGCUGAGAUUUUUGGUAUCGCCUGGUCUCUUUAGAUCCAUUUGGGGAAAUGAACAACUUAACAAUAUUGAAUCUUAUAAUCUAUGAAUAUAAUACCUUUCUGCGUAUUUAGGCCUCUGUUAAUUACUCUCUACAGUAUUUUAUAAUUUUCUGUGUGAAAGGUUUGUUUCAGUUACCAUUUGAUGGUUUGAUGGUAUCACCCUGAGCUUCUUACACGCUGCCCACCCUGUGUGGAAUGGUCUCCUCAUCCCCUCCCACCAGCUUCAUGUCAUUCAUCCUUCUCCUCUGAGACUUGAGCUGCUGAGGGAAGCCCUUCCUAACCUCUUCAAAGUUGCGAGCCUGUUAUAAAAUGUCCACCACCCAGAACAGCCUUCUCAGGCCUCCCCAGCUGACUCUCAAGGAACCUCCUUCUCCCCCCUCCAAAAAGCCUCUACGAGGAACCCAGAGGACAGGAAAAGAAAAGGACCCACUCUUUCCCAGCCUGUUCUCGGCGUGGCACUCUCCACCUGUGGUGGCCAAGGCCACUAAGAGCGAUGGGCUGCGAUUGCUCUCGGAUCGUGACUUUUCUAUAUAAAUCCCUGCCAAGGCUCCUUCCCAGCCAGGACAAAUAAAGGGGGUUGGAUGUAGGCAGCAGGAAGAUUUAUUGCAAUGACAAUAAUCCAAGCAAGUGACCUGGUCUUACCCCUACCCUUGUCCAUCAAAAGCAAGGCUGCGGCUCACUGACCUGUCUCCCUAAGGUUGUAAUAAUGUUAGAAAUCACAGCUCACUCUCAUUGACUUUUGAGUCUGACUCAGAGAAACAUGUAUAAUUAUUAAUGGCUAAACUAUUUUAUCUUAUUUAGGGAGACAAAUUUCAGUCACAUUAGAAAUCAAAACAUUUUCAGGACACACAUGCUUAACAAUACAGUGAAUAAUAGUAAUUAAAUAUUUAGUUUCAUUCUGAAGAUUUUGGCUACAAGUGUUGCCCAUUCCAUGGUUCAAGAAAAUUGCUGUAAGUAGAAAUUCCACGUACUGAAACCUAUUUUUCUAUUGACUUUAGUAAUGAAGUUAGAAAUAUGUUUCUGUAAAGUGAUAUAAUGAAAUAACAAAGAAAAUGAUACAUUUUAAAAAUUAAAAAAUUUUUAAAAAACAGGCUAUCAAUGCAAAAGUAGUUUGGAGUUUUUGAAUUUUUAAGUUACACAGGAAAUAUGUGUUUGUUGUACAGCAGCUAAAAGAUGUGGCUAAACAAAAAGAAAAAUUUUUUAAUUCACUGUGUUAAAACUUUGUUUUAUACCUUCCUAGAUUUAGCUUUAGACGCACACGCACAAAGAUUUAUUUAACGAACAAUACGGUACUUAAUAUUUGCUAGGCACUAUUCUAACUCUUCUACAAAUAAUAACUUAUUUAAUCUUUUAAGUCAUUCGAUCCUCAUAGUGACCCUAUAAGCUGGAUAUCAUUAGUAACCCACUUUACAGAAAGGAAAGCUAAGGUUACAUAGUAAACGUAGACCUGGGUUUAAGCUAAGCCAGUGAUUCACAGAGCUAAUAUUCAAACUCAGUCUUUAGCAAUCCUAUCAGGAUGGGCUGGGAAAAACUAAGAUAACAAAAUCUCAGUGCCUUUGCACAAGAAAGAUGUAUUUUUCACUUGUACUACGCAUCUACCCAAUGGUUGUGGCAUUAUCUUUGUGUCAGGAAGGAGGCUGGUCUCCUGGCAAAGGAACAACAGGCCUGGCGCCCCGCGAGCGAGCUGCCAGCGACUUGGCUCGCAUGUCGCACCCACAGUGCUCCCAUCUGCUUAGCCAGCCACAGCUCCUCUGGAGAUUAACAGGCUGGGGGUGUAUAGUUUCACACAAUCGUGGACCUCCAGCAAUGUUGAGUUUUUUGUUUUUCUUUUUUUUUGAGACAGCGUCUCCCUCUGUUGCCCAGCUAUAGUGCCGUGGU